AUGCCUCUCUUUCAUGAUCCGGAUCGAUGGGGCCAUCGUCACUGGUCGGGUGACCAGAGCGAGUUGGAGCAACCAGCUCCAGAGUCACCCCAGCCUCGGUCGGCGCAGGCCUCCGAAUUCAGAUCCCCUGUCACUGAGUCUCGGGAGACAGUCGCAGAGGUCCCUCCGACCGAGAGCUGUCUGUCACAGGUCCGGUCUUAUGACCGGCAAGAUCUUAUACAUCGAAUCAAAGAGGCAUCACACUGGAGGUCCCAACGACAGGAACAGCACCUUAGUGUAGGCGAAGCGACUGCCCAAGAAGAUCUUCUACCAAAUCACACCUCAUGGGUCGGCAGGCGAGUCAUGGAGCAGGCCUCCAUCAACGAGAUACAGGACAGACAAAGAGAGAUGCUGAGCUCGCCGGCCGAGAUCGAGCGUCCUCGCUCUGCGCUGCAUUCGGGCGACUUUCGGGAGGGCUCUCCACGCCCUGAAGACCAUUCACCCCGUCCUCGGUUCGCAGAAUCAAGUUCAUCUUCACCAUUUCCCCAUCUAGGAUCCUCUCCCACGACCCCUUGGUUUGAGGCGCCUGCCUUUCAGACCACCAUCAGUCCGUCUGGACUCUAUCCCGGUCGAGACGACUUGACGCUGGCAACAGGAUCGCGAUCGAGGGCCCCCUCAUUUGGGCCAUUUUCCUCGAGCUAUGUCCUUAAAGCGCCGACGAGUCCUUUGGUUCAUCAAGCCAACAACAGCGAUCUGGACUUUUCACCUCGGGUCGUGCCGGGGCCAGAGUCGUUGGAGCCGUCGGAGCGAGCAAACCGGCGACGGACGCUGCCGCCGGAAACAUUCCGGCAUCUACAGUCCACGCCUCCUGGCUCACGAUCGGCCGAUGUUGGGAUCAAGGUUUCUCACGGACAGCAGGAAGGACUUUCUUUUUCCUACAACUCCUCGCGCAGAUCUAUGAAUGCGGCCUACAGUCUGCAACUCGCGUCAACGACGGUCAAGCCUGUCUUCAGGGCGAGAAGACCUUCCCUUGCCUCGGAGACUUCUCCUAAGCCCCAUGCCCGAUGGUGGGGUCUGUUCUACAGCUAUCCGACGUCUGGGCCCGGGCGAUCCAUCGCCGACGACAGUCCCAGUCCUUAUGUCGGAAUGAUCGACCUGGAGAACUCCUUGCCCAAGGAUGACACCAAUUCAACCCGGCGUCGCCGGCGGCAUCUCAGCCCAGCAAAGGUGGUUGCGUCAGAGAUGGAUCUGGACGCGACCAAUACGACUCACAUGUCAGACGUGGAUUCAAGGCGACGCCGGGAGAAGAAGAGCCGGCGGGCAGAGUCCCCCAAGUGCCCUCCAGGCGGCAGCUACCGAAUUCCUCAGCAAGGUCAGCUGCAGAUCAUCAUCAAGAAUCCGCACAAAACUGCAGUGAAACUGUUUCUUGUCCCGUAUGAUCUCAGUGACAUGGAGCCGGGCACAAAGACGUUCAUCCGGCAGCGAAGUUAUUCGGCGGGUCCCAUAAUUGACAUGCCUCUGAGCGCUCGCAAGAAUUACGGGACCGAUCGUCCCGAAGCCUCCUUGAACGCCACGGAAGAUCCGCAUGACAGGCCAGUUCUGCGGUACCUCAUCCAUUUGAACAUCUGCUGCCCGUCACGGGGCCGCUUCUAUUUGCACUCCAGCAUUCGCGUCGUCUUCGCGAACCGGGUGCCAGAUGGCAAGGAGAAGCUCCGAAACGAGAUUCAGCUGCCAGAGCCCCGAUACAGCCCGUACAAGUUGGUUCGUGAAAACACCUUUGCCAGUACUGCUAGUGCUCGAUUAGCAACAGAAUCAGCUAGUCAGCGUCAGAGUGCUGGUCAAGGUACGUUGACGGGCUUCCUGCCACAUAUCUCAUCACCAGGUGAUAACGCUCUGUUAUGGAGCACCGUAGAACCGAGAAGGGAGCCAAACGGGCCUUCUUCGAUCAACCCCGAAUCCGAGGAACUCUAUCGAAAGCUCAACAAAGGUGAUUUUGGCUACGGUGGUCAUCUUUAUACGCCUGGCCGAAGCGGUCUUGACAACGGAGAGAGCUUGCUGGCGAUGCGCCUCCGUGGUCUUGACGUCCACAAAACAGAGAUCAGGGACGGUAACUAA